AAUGCGCCAUCAAGAUGGCGGUCACUCGCAGGAGAAGAAGCGGACCGGAAGUGUCUCAGACGGCCACCGCCCCGGUGAACGCGUGAGAGGGCCUCACCGCAGCGAACAAUGGGUGUCACCGUAGAAACCCUCACUCCUGGCGACGGUAAAACGUUCGGGAAUAAAGGCCAGCAGGUCAGCGUCCACUACGUCGGAACACUGACAUCCGGCAAGAAGUUUGACUCCUCCAGGGACCGAGGGCAGCCCUUUAAAUUCAAGCUGGGCUGUGGCGACGUCAUUCGCGGCUGGGAUGAAGGGGUCGCUCAGAUGAGCGUCGGCCAGAAGGCCCGCUUGACCUGCACGCCGGAUUACGCCUACGGCAGCCAAGGCUUUCCUCCCGUCAUCCCUGCCAACGCCACUCUCGUCUUUGAAGUGGAACUCCUUGGAAUUCUUUGACUUGUUUUGUGCGGGGUUUUUUUUUUGUAGUUCAUCAAAGCCUCUCAUUCCGACCUCCUUUUCACAAAUGAAGAUGCUUUCAGGGGUGUUUACAUAAUCAGCCAUCUGAGAUCCCCUCCCCUCUCUUUUUUAAUCCAAGACAUCCUGUCCAAUUUAUUUCGAUUAAUAACGCAGUGGAUGACUUUUUUUAAUUUGGCCGGUAAAUGUUUGACUCGACACUCAGGUGCCCAUUGAAGCAGCAUGCUCUAGAUGCACUGUAAAUUAGCAGUUUGCGGACCAUUUGAAUCAGCGAUUAACGCCGCAUGUGUUUGAUGCAUUCAUCUGACAUCUUUAGCACAUUGCUCAAAAGAAACACGUCACUUCAUCAGAUUUAUUCAGCGUUUGUUGUGUAGUACUAGGAACUCAAGUGUCCUUGUAAUCACGUCAUCGUGCUUCGCAAGCUUAUAUUUCCUGUUGGCAAGCUAAUGGAAGUCGCCUCAGUUGUGUUCUUGCAUUAAAAAUGAGUACACCACU